ACAGCUCUGAGAUAUUUUCAUAAGGAAGUUCUUAUUGAGGCCAUGACAGAAAUGUGCAUAGUUUAUAUACAUAUAUAUAUAUGCUUUAUGCCUACUAAAUUAAACAAUAUGUUGUGACUGAUGUAAUUGAGAUAUUUACUUCAAAUAUGAAAACAGAAAAUGCUGUGAGAGAAAAAAGAAAGAAUUCUGGACCAAAAGCAGAUUUUAAUGAAUUGAUGAAGAAAGUCUAAUUGAAUGGAUAGUUUACAAAUGCAAGUUAAAAACAACAGAAUAAUGUCACUAACGACAGCAGUUAGAAAAAGGAAGUUAAUUACCAUAUAUAUUUUAACUCUGAUAAGUAGUUUUCUCUAUAUUACGUUAACUCAGACAAGGAAAAAAGAUGCGAUGGAGUAUAGUUACCACACUGAUAGAAGGAACGGACUGUUCAACGUUCAGAACUGCUUUAAGAUUAUAUGGAGUAGAAAUGCGUUUAGUGAUUUCAUCAGGAGAGAAAACAUUGCAAAUGGCAGGAAUAGUUCGACCUAUAGAGAAUUUUCUUGUAACCAAUUUAUGGAAUUGACCUCAAUGGGAGGAAGAAUAGGCAAUCAACUGUUUCAAAUAGCUGCAUUGUUUGGAAUUUCUUUUAAGUAUGACUAUAUUCCAAUUAUUGACCCAUCGUUCCCCUUACUGAAAUAUUUUGACUUGCCAAAUGUAUCAAGAAUGAACUUGAAUAAGUUGAGCAUUUGUUCACCAACGUUGUUCGGGAUAUAUAUCGAAUGUUUAGACAGCAGUAAAAAUAAUAAAGGUUUUAAUAUGACAAUUCACGGAUAUUUCCAGUCAUGGAAGUAUUUUAAGAACAGUUCGGACAUAAUAAGAGAAAUUCUGAAAAUUAGAACAACAUACAUGCAAACAGCUAGACUCUUUUUACAAGAUCACAGUAAGGUUGGAUUUAAAAAUAUAUGUAUACAUGUACGAAGGGCAGAUAUGAAUAUCGAUUCAAAUCAACGACUAGGUUAUGCAGUGGCUCCUGUCAGUUUCAUUUACAGAGCUAUACAUUUUUGUGUAACACAUUUUAAGAAAGCUGUUUUCUUUGUAUUAAGUGAUGAUAUUAAGUGGUGCAGGAAAAAUAUAAAACGCGACGUCAAAUUUAGCAGUUUCAAAGAUCCUGGGUAUGAUUUGGCACUGAUGACUUUGUGUGAUCACGUGGUUGUAACUUCAGGUACGUUUGGCUGGUGGGGAGCUUGGCUUUCAAAUGGAACGGCUAUUUAUUUCAAUGACUAUCCACGCCCAAACUCUCUGCUAGAUGAACAGUUUUCACGUGAGGAUUAUUAUCCCCCGAACUGGAUUGGGUUAUCUUAACCAUAAAUUAUAUAUGAGUCGAACCAUAAUCCAAGUUUACGAAUUGGCAAAAUUAGAAUCUGAAAAUCAGUUGAACUCAUACUGACUACCUAACUUAGCCAAAACUUUAAGAAUGUAGUGUCGAUAAUUAGGUCGAACAAAAACCUCAUCUACUGAAGUGCUGUCUCUGUGUGUAUUGUGCAUAGCUAGAAUGAGACGUGUUGCAGUUAAAAUAAUGAAUAUGUACUUUUCUUAUCCCAUAGGUAAACAAGAGGACCUGAAUCGCUCACUUGUCCCCACAUAGUUUUGAACUACGACGUCGUUUUAUCUAUUAUUUGACAAAGUGACCUAGUUUUUGAGCUUAUGUGACCCAGUUUUUAAAAUUUACCUAAAUAUCAUCAAAACAAAAAUUCUGACCAAUUUUGAUGAAGAUCCAUUGAAAAAUAUGGCCUCUAGAGAGGUCACAAUUUUUUUUUCUAUUUUUAGACCUACUGACCUAGUUUCUAACAAAAGUGAUCCAGUUUCAAACUUUCCCUAGAUAUCAUCAAGGUGAACAUUCUGACAAUUUUCAUGAAGAUCCAUGAAAAAAAUAUGGCCUCUAGAGAGGUCACAAGGUUUUUCUAUUUUUAGACCUACUGACCUAGUUUUGAACCGCACGUAACCUAGUUUCAAACUUGACCUUUCAUAAAAUUUCCAUGAAAAAUGUGACCUCUAGAGUGGUCACAAGCUGACCUCUAGUGUGGUCACAAGCAAAAGUUUACGAACGGACGGAUGCACGCGCGGACGACGGACGCCGCGCGAUCACAAAAGCUCACCUUGUCACUUUGUGACAAGUGAGCUGAAAAGUGGAAGCAUCAACUGCCUUUCAAAUUCUGAAAUUUGCAACGUACUGAAGUUACUGCACAUUUGAACUUCAUUUUGGCAGUGUAGCUUAUUUCAUGGCACACACGCACACACACACACAUACAUGUAAAUGCAACCAAUCGGGGAUGUAAGCUAUAAACCUACCAACUGGGAACUUUUUUAUUACUGUAGCUACAGUUAUCAUAUUUCUAUCAAUUUAUAUAUAUUAAUUCAUAUUCUUAUGAUCUUAAAAUUAUCCGAGGCUUUAGAUUAAAGCUAUCUUCAUUUGUUAAGUAAUGAGAUUUUUCACAUUCAGAGCGGGGAAUUUUGUGUUUAAACCAACUGAGGUGAAUGUGUAACAAACCGGGUGUUUGUGUAUAGACGAAAUGUGGAAUUGUGUGUUUCAACAAAACGGGGAGUUAGUGUAAAGACUAAAUGAGGUACAAGUGUAUAACUAACCGGGUACGUGUGUAAAGUUGAAACGAGGAACUAGCUAUUAAAAUGGUGAAUGCGGAAGCUCCUGUUACAUAUCAUAUAUAUGAGAAAAGACAACCGAGGGACUUAAUUUGAUUUGAUGGGUUUUACGCCAUUUUAAACACUAUUUCAGUUAUGUCAGGUGGGCAGUUUACACAACAAUCGUUCCUGGAAAGAUCAAGUACUAGUACUCAAGCUGUAAUCUUUCUUACAUAAAGAGACCUGGUCGGUAGUAAGGAUUGAACCCAUGCCCCUUAAUCAGUGAGUACUUACGAGUAAUUUUAAGUCAGCGAUUCUAACCACCCGAAAACAGAGGCGGUCAGAUAAUAGAGAAAGUUCUAUAUUCUGUAUGUAGGUACAUGUAGCACGUCAAUCAUUCGACAUUCAAUCAAAAAUUGUGUAUGUCAAAUGUUAACAUUAAAAUAACUUUUUUAUGACAAGACAUAGAACAAUCGAAGAACAAACCAGACUCAUGAUGCAGAGACAUGAUAAAGCACAAAACAGUAUCUUGUUUUAUCAGUUGUGUGCUUAAAUCACUUUCCAUUGCCUACAGCAACUUUUGAACUUCGAUAUUAUAAGAUUCUUUCACUGGUUGUAGGUGCAGAUAGGAAUAUCCGGCCUCGAGGGUAACUGUUUAGGCGGUAACGAGGCUCUCUGCCGAGUUUCCGCCUAAACAAUUGAGCCGGAUAUUUCAUUAUACAUUUGAUAAAAUAACGUGAUUUGAAUCGAGAAAUAUACUAUCAGGAACCAAUAGGAACUGUCAAGGUAUUGAAUUUUCAUUCCGUUUUUUUUAAAUAGAAUAUAAAUAACUACACAAAACUUUUACAUAUAUGUAGUUCUUAUACGUCAUUUACAGCAUGAGAGUCAUCUUACACCACCCCGGGGUAUAAGAUGGACUUUUCCAGCACCGGUAAAGAUACCGGAAAUCCCCGUCUGGUUUGCAAGAAUAAGUAAUAUUGUAUGUUUUAGUUCCUUCUUUAUGUUUUAUCUAAAAAAAAUAAUUAGGCAUUCACAAAUCUCAGGGCGGAUAAAUCUCAGGGCGGAUACGGAUACAAUCUCAGGGCGGAUACAGGGGUAUUUAAGGGGUGCAAAAUAUUUGUAGCAGAACAACUAGGAGGGUCCGUGGGCAUGUCCCCAUCUCCCCCUCCCCACCCCAUCCCACCCCACCGGAACAUUUUGAAAACAAUAGAUCCAUCUGGUGCAUUAUUGGCGUUCUGAGGUGCCUUUUUUGGUAUUGAAAAAGGACAGGUUUUAUGAUAAAGUCAACCCAAAUAACAUGCUACGUAUAGUCUAUGUUUUAAUGACUCGUCAGACUUAUUCUUGCUUAAGUAUCUCGGAAUGGAAUUUCUAAGCCCGAUUUCUGAGGAUUCUUAUGGGGAGGGGUUACUAAAGUUUAUUAAUGUAAAAUAAAAAGCUUUAUAGGAGCUCAUGCAAACUUGUCGGACUUUUAUUGUGCGAGCGUAGCGAGCAAGAAAAAAAUGCAUUGUUUUACCCAAACAAAAGACAAAUUGCCUAUGCGAGCAUAGCGAGCGGGAAAAAAAUGCAUAUUUAUAUUUUCACCCAGAACAAAUGAUGAAUUACCUAUGCAAGCGUAGCGAGCGAGAAUAAAUUCCCCAAUCCCUGGAUCCGCCCUUGAAUCUGUGCUAAGCAGACAGUUUAUUUUCCUUCAAUUCUACUCGUUCAAAAGACAGAAUUAACAGUCAAACAUAUAAGUGUGGUUCCUUUAAAAACCAUUCGGAUUAGCGAAAUCAUGCAUACAACAAAACACAGACAACUUAUUUGGAUAUUCUCCAAAUCGGCGUGAUAUUCAGUAUAUUUUUCAGUUGUUGUGUUCCUACAUUUAAACUGUGUAGGAUAUCAACUCAUGACACAGGCUUGAGACGAAAACAAUAGUAGUAGGUAAUUAAUUUGAAUAAGAUAGAACUGAGGCAAACACAUGACUCUAAAUCAGAAAGAAUGACAGAAACAAAGCAUUUAUUUUUAUUUGCGCUUUUCUCUCCGAUAACAGGUUAACGAAAACUUGAUUUUCUUAGAAAAAAUAAUUUUGCGCUUAUUUAAAUGCAAAAUAAAAUUUUAGGUUCGAUAUGCGGAAAAACAGGAAAUAAAAAUCGGGGAAUCUUAAUUCAAACUCCGCAAUGACUUGCAGUCCGUGACUUUUGCAUGAAAAUCGUUAUUUCUUGCCCGGGAAAAUAGCAAUCAAUAUUAAAAAAAGACUUAAACAAAGUUUACAGCAUUUCCAGUCAUAGUUAUUUUGUUUCCAAACUAUUUUCCCAUAUGAAGGUUUUGUUUUUAUCAUUUUUUAGAAAACCAGGCUUCAGUAAAACGUUGACUUUACAUAGUUAAUCUGUCAAAAUUUGUGAAGGUCGUGUGUUCGAAUCCCACACUCGGAAAGUCUUUUUCCCAAUUUUGUGACGAUUUUUCCUUUAGAAACUGAACAUGAUUUAAUUGCAAACAAAACUAUCUGGAGUUUCGAUCACGAAAAUGUAUAUAAAGUAAAACAUUACAAAGUUAGGAGAAUGAAAACAGAAGCAACAGCCGAUUUUAUCAGUACUCUUUCAAAACAAAGUACAUGCAGAAACGGAAUGCUCAUGUGAAAAUCGAUCUGAUCAAGGAAGAUUAAAAUGAAAUCAGUCAUAGGUAUUUUAAAUUCAUGAUAUUGUUGUUUUAAUCGAAACAUUUAUAUCGUAAGUAUUUUUAUGAUUAUUUUAUAUUUGUGUUUCCCUCAAUGCUAUUAAAAACUACUUGCACCCAUGCACCCAUAAUAAAUACUGCGUUAAUGUGUCACCGAAUAGGGAACUGUCUUAUUUUGUGUCGGUCAGUUACAUGAGUGAAGUAUGAAAUAACCAUAUAUGUAACAACGAAUAAUAUCAUUACGUAUUUAAAAGCUUUAUAUUCAAUAAAAUCCUUCAAUCGCAAUAAAAUUUCUCUGUUUUCAAGUUU